CAGAGAGAGAGAGGGGAGUGGAGUUAAGCUUGCUUCUUCAUUCCUCACUUUUUCUUCUCCUUCUCCCGAGGGAAGCGACUCGGUGGACUCGUUCGUUCACAUUCCGCGAAUCAAGACGACGAGAAGAUAUCGAGAUUCGAGAGACUCUGAUUCUGAAUUAUAGAUUUUCUCGAUGGAGUUACAUUCAUCUUCUUCGUCGCCGGAGAGAUGUAGCGUGAAAGUGGCGGUUAACGUUCGUCCUUUGAUCGGAGACGAGAUAAGUCAGGGCUGCAGGGAAUGCGUUUCGGUUUCUCCGGUAACGCCACAGGUGCAAAUGGGAACACAUUCCUUCACAUUUGAUCACGUUUAUGGUGGAGGAAGUAAUGCUUCUCCUUCUUCCUCCAUGUUUAUGGAAUGUGUUGCUCCUCUUGUUCAUGGUUUGUUCCAUGGAUACAAUGCUACUGUUCUCGCUUAUGGUCAGACAGGAUCUGGGAAAACAUACACCAUGGGGACUGCUUUUAAAGACGGUACAAGCAAUGGGUUGAUUCCUCAAGUCAUGACUGCUCUCUUCAACAAAAUCGAGUCUGUUAAGCAACAAAUGGAGUUCCAGUUACAUGUCUCUUUUAUCGAGAUUCUCAAGGAAGAAGUUCUGGAUUUGCUGGAUAGUGUCAAUGGAGGAGCCCCUGGAAAGGGUAAGUCCCCUGUACAGAUUCGCGAGUCGCCAAACGGGGUCAUUACACUCUCUGGCGCAACUGAAGUUCCCAUAGCUACUAAGGAUGAAAUGGCUUCCUGUUUAGAGCAAGGGUCUCUAUCCAGGGCCACUGGGAGCACUAAUAUGAAUAAUCAGUCUAGCCGUUCACAUGCCAUCUUCACAAUCACCUUAGAACAGACACGCAAAAUCACUCCCAUCUCAGUGGUUGAAGACACCGUAGAUGAGGAUAUGGGUGAGGAGUAUUCUUGUGCCAAGCUUCAUCUCGUAGAUCUUGCUGGAUCUGAAAGAGCUAAACGGACAGGUUCAGGCGGUGCUCGAUUGAAAGAAGGAAUUCACAUCAAUAGAGGACUCCUAGCACUUGGUAAUGUCAUCAGUGCACUUGGAGAUGAGAAAAAGCGAAAAGAAGGUGCUCAUGUUCCCUACCGUGAUAGUAAACUUACUCGGUUAUUGCAGGAUUCUCUUGGUGGAAAUAGUAAAACAGUCAUGAUAGCUUGCAUCAGUCCCGCUGACAUCAAUGCUGAAGAAACUCUUAACACACUCAAAUAUGCAAAUCGUGCUCGGAAUAUUCAGAAUAAGCCUGUUGCCAACAAAGACUUAAUAUGUAAUGAGAUGCAAAAGAUGCGUCAACAGCUACAAAAUCUACAAGCUGCACUAUGUGCUCGUGGGGAAACCCCAUCAAAGGAAGUGCAGGUAAUGAGAGAGAAGAUCAUGAAGCUAGAAUCUGCCAAUGAUGAGCUUUCUCGAGAACUUCACAUCUAUCGCAGCAAGAGAGCUACACUUGACAAUUGCAAUAUGACUACACAGGAAGAUGGUGUGAGUUCUACAAAAGAUGAUUGUCUCAAAAGGGGAUUCGAAAGUAUAGAUUCAGAUUAUGAAAUGAGUGAAGCAACAUCAGGUGGAAUCUCUGAAGAUAUAGAUGGAGCAGCUAAAGAGUGGGAGCAUGCACUUAGGCAGAAUAACAUGGGCAACGAAUUAAGUGAACUGAGCAAACGUCUGGAGGAGAAAGAGUCCGAGAUGAAAAUAUGUGGGGCUGGAACUGAAAUUAUCAGACAACACUUUGAGAAGAAAAUGAUGGAACUUGAGAAAGAGAAGAGAACUGUACAGGUUGAGAGAGAUCUAUUGUUGGCUGAAGUUGAGAAACUUGCUGCUAGUUCUGAUAGACAAGCACAAGUUGCAAGAGACAGCCAUGCACAAAAACUAAAAGCACUCGAGACACAGAUUUCAAAUCUUAAGAAGAAACAAGAAAAUCAAGUUGAGGCCUUGAAACAAAAACAGAAAAGUGAAGAUGCAGCAAAGCGUUUACAAGCUGAAAUACAAUGCAUUAAGGCUCAGAAGGUUCAAUUACAACAUAAGAUGAAGCAAGAAGCUGAUCAAUUCCGACAAUGGAAAGCUUCUCAAGAAAAAGAAUUAUUGCAGCUCAAGAAAGAAGGAAGGAAGACAGAGCAUGAAAGACUCAAACUCGAAGCCCUCAAUCGACGUCAAAAAAUGGUUCUUCAUAGAAAAACAGAGGAGGCAGCAAUGGCUACCAAAAGACUUAAAGAGCUGCUGGAAUCUCGCAAGUCAUCAGUGGCGGCCAAUGGUCAACCACCAACUAGACAGGUGAACGGAAAAAAUCUUCAGAAAUGGAUUGAUAACGAGCUAGAGGUUAUGACAAAAGUACAUCAAGUUCGUUCCCAAUACGAAAAGCAAAUCCAAGUACGAGCUGCAUUGGCUGAAGAGUUAACCUCCUUAAAAAGAGAAAUGAACUUUGCCCCAACUCCCCAUCAAGAGAAAAAUGGACAGUUCAGAUUUUUAUCAACAAAACCCAGAUUGGAGAGAAUAGCUUCUCUUGAGAGCAUGUUGGAUGUUUCCUCAAAUGCUCUCACAGCCAUGGCCUCUCAGCUCUCAGAAGCAGAGGAAAGAGAGCAUAACCUACACACUAAGACUCGGUGGAACUCCAUCAAGUCCAUGACCGAUGCCAAGUGUUUGCUUCAAUAUGUGUUUAAUUCCACUGCCGAAGCAAGAUGCAAAAUCUGGGAGAAAGACAUGGACAUCAAAGAGAAGACGGAGCAACUAAAUGAUCUCCUCUGCUUAUUACAACUAUCUGAAGUCCAGAACCGAGAGAUACUUAAAGAGAAAAAGACAAGGGAGCAUACAUUGUCCAUUGCGCUGGCUUCAUCAUCCCCAUCAUCAUCGGUAACUUCAAGAAGCUCAUCAAAGCAAUAUGGGGAUAGUAAUGCGAGCAACCAAUCGUCUCCACCUUCAUAUCAUCGAGCAACAAAGCAUCUCAAAUACGCUGCGCCAGGUACAGUCAAUGUGUCCGUGAGAGAAUCAGCGGCUCUGUUGGAAGAGAAGAGAAAGAUGAAGGCAAUGAAGAAAAUGGGACAGAGUGGUGGGAAGCUGUGGAAGUGGAAGAGAAGUCAUCAUCAAUGGCUGCUUCAGUUUAAAUGGAAAUGGCAGAAACCAUGGAAGCUCUCUGAGUGGAUUAAGCAUAACGAUGAGACCAGUAUGCUCUUCAUGUCUAAGACUCAUCAUGAUGAUGGUGAUUAUUACUCGUGGAGCCGCCGACACUGAGUUUCGCAAUUUUCUUAAGGGUGUACUUGGGGUUGACUCGUGAUACAUCUGUCUAUACAUGAGCCUUUUGUUUCUCUUUUUGUUGAUAGAUUUAGAGUUGGUCGUUUGGGUUGCAGCAGUCAUUGUUCUUUACACUCUCAAAUAUUCUCUUUCCUUCUCAGAAAUUAAUCCUCAAAAGAAGCAUAAUUGAUCAAAA